ACAGCGUCGCAGUCACGAAAGAUGGCGGGGCGCAGCGUUGGUUCCCGGAGACGGAGCGUUCCAAGCACUCCGCUCCCCCCGCGUAUUCAGCACUCUGCUGCGUCUCGACGGGACCUCCUUGCCAGGGAGGAAGAAUAUAAACGUUUAAAUGCAGAAUUGGAGGCAAAAACAGCUGAUCUGGUUCGACAAGCUGAGGAAGUAAUACGAGAUCAGCAAGAAGAUCAAUCCAGGCCUGUUUCAACACAAAUUAAAUCAUAUGAAAAGGAAGAGGAUUGCAAUUCAAGAAGUCUGUUGUCUGAAAGGAUAGUUCAUCUACAUUCAGAAACUAAGCCAAAGACCAAAAAUGUUGAUGCAGUAAACAAGAUUCAGAACAAACUACGCUCCACAAAUAAAGGGAGGAAAACAAAUUCAAGUACAAAAUUGAAGUACUUUGAUGUACAUACUGCCAAUGAUGUUGCCAUUCCAGAGGGUUUCUCAGACUUUUCUCUUGCUAAAACAAUUAGUAAAAUUGAAGGGCAACUGGAGGAAGAAGGCUUACCUGAUUGUAUCGAUGAUGAUAUUUUUUGUGGUGUUAGUAAUGACAUUGGAACAGAAGCACAGAACAGGUUUCUAAAGGCCAAACUCCGUAUUAUGCAGGAGGAAUUGGAUAAUGUUGUAUAUGAAUGCAAUAAAAAGGAAAAUGAAAUUCAGGAUUUAAAGUCUCAAAUAAAAAACUUUGAAGAAGAUUGUAUGAGACAGCAGCGAACAAUUAAUUUGCAACAGUCUCAAACAGAAAAGUAUAAAACUCUUUUUGAAGAGCUAAACAAAAAAUGUGAUGGAUUACAGCAACAGCUGUCUUCAGUAGAAAAGGAAUUAGAAAAUAAAAGAAGACUACAAAAACAGGCUGCUACCAAUCAAAGUGCUACAGAAGUUCGGUUGAAUAGAGCUCUAGAAGAGGCAGAAAAGUAUAAAUUGGAGUUAAGUAAAUCAAGGCAAAAUAACAAGGAUAUCACCAAUGAAGAACACACGAAAAUUGAAGCAUUAAAAUCUGAGAACAAGAAGCUAGAAAAACAAAAAGGAGAAUUAAUGAAAGGGUUCAAGAAACAGUUAAAAUUAAUUGAUGUUUUAAAAAGGCAGAAGAUGCAUAUUGAAGCUGCCAAGAUGCUGUCUUUCACCGAAGAGGAGUUUAUGAAGGCACUUGAAUGGGGAAAUUCAUAAGUGAUCUACUUUAAUUAGUCUGUGUAACUGAUUGUGUGCCCAUAUACAUUUUAUGUAAAGUUUUAAUGAUUUAUUUUUACUCUUUAUAACUAAUGAAGAUAUUUGAUACUGAAAUCAAAGCAGUUGCAACAAAUUCCCUGUUUAGAUUUGGGGGGUACAGAAUCGGUAUGUGAUUAAUAGAAAACUGUGACCCACUUGCCCUUUAAUAUAAAGUAUUUUAAUGCUCUGGAGAUUUAGCUCUAGUUCAUAAAUGACAGUUUAUGUGAGAGAAAUUCUCUUUUUAAGUUCUUAUUGACGAUAAAGCACUUUGAAAGUC